UUGGUUUCCUGGCUGGGUGUGUGCGUGUGUGUCCGAACGCGAUGGUGGCUUGGGAGGCGAUGCUGAUUAAUCUAGGCUUGUUUCUCCUGGGGGUGCUUUGAAAGCUUCCCAGGCCCUGUAAAUCAAUGAAUAAAUAAAUAAAUGUUCUUUCUUCUUUAUUAACCCGAUUUCUCUUUCUCGCCAGGUCCCUUCGGCUCUGGAUUUCCUUUCCCGCUUCCCUCAAACAAGAAGGGCCGACUGGGUUGCCCGAUUCCUUCUUUCCAAGGAAGAAUCUUUCCACCCCCCCACCUCAGGAAUCUUUCUUGGAGGGGCAGCUUUAUGCCCACCCAUCCCCCCCCAAAAAUAUAGAGGAUAGAAAACCUUUGAAAAGGAGCCCAUCUCCUCGCCCAGCUCAAAAUUGGACCGAUUGUCAGAUUUUUUUUAAACGCUUUCUUUCCCAAAAAUAAAAUUGGAGGGCGGGCGGGACGGGGGGGGGGGGCACCGUCCCCUUUUCCUCCUGUGCCAAACUCGCCCAUCCUUGGCAGGUAUCUGAAUUAUGCCAAUCCAGUAACAACCCCCCCCAUCCCACCCCAUUGGUUAAUCCCAAUUUGCUUUCCAAUAUUUUAUUUUAUUUUCCUUUAGGAGGUUGCAAGGCUCAGCCGAGAAAAAGGCUGGACGUUUCCUAUCGAAACCCCAAAGCGGUUUUUUGUAAGGAUUUUGCAAUUUAGGGUGCCGCCCCGCUUUGAACCGGGGGUGUGUGUGUGCGCGCACAUUUCCUUUUUUCUUCCUCCCCCCCCCCCAAUCCCAUCGGCAAGGGGAACCACAUCUUGGAAACAUGUCAAAGGGGGCGAGUUUGAUCCCUCCUCAUCUUUUUUUCGUAGAAAAACUCCGGACAAGCUGGCUGGUUCUUUGGAGUUGCUUGUGUUUGGUCCACCUGUGUGGCAUUUAAACCGUGUGGUCGGGUGGGUCCUAGUUCCUCUCUCCUGCUUCCCCCUUCUCCUCCUUGGACCUUCCCCCAGAGAAGGGUCAGGGUACCCCCGCCCCCCACCUUUCCCUUGGUGUAGGGUGAAGCCUUAAGGGACUCGCCAUGGCCGGGGCCAUCGCCUCCCGCAUGAGUUUUAGCUCUUUGAAAAGGAAGCAGCCCAAAACCUUCACUGUUCGGAUUAUUACCAUGGAUGCCGAAAUGGAAUUCAACUGCGAGGUAAAGUGGAAAGGAAAGGAUCUCUUCGACCUGGUGUGUAGGACGUUGGGACUCCGGGAAACGUGGUUCUUCGGGCUGCAGUACAUGAUUAAAGACACGAUAGCCUGGCUCAAAACUGACAAGAAGGUGCUGGACCAUGAUGUCCCAAAGGAAGAACCGGUUACUUUUCACUUCCUGGCUAAGUUUUACCCAGAGAAUGCCGAAGAAGAGCUGGUCCAGGAAAUCACCCAGCACCUAUUCUUCCUACAGGUGAAGAAACAGAUUUUGGAUGAGAAGAUCUACUGUCCUCCAGAGGCAUCUGUCCUUCUAGCAUCCUACGCCGUACAAGCUAAGUACGGAGACUACGAUCCCAGCGUUCAUAAGCGCGGCUUCUUGGCUCAAGAGGAGUUGCUUCCGAAACGGGUGAUAAAUCUCUACCAGAUGACUCCAGAAAUGUGGGAAGAAAGGAUCACAGCCUGGUAUGGCCAACAUCGAGGCAGAGCCAGGGACGAAGCGGAAAUGGAGUACUUGAAAAUCGCGCAGGAUUUAGAGAUGUACGGUGUGAAUUACUUCGCCAUCCGAAACAAGAAGGGGACAGAACUGCUUCUGGGAGUCGACGCGUUGGGCCUCCACAUAUACGAUCCAGAAAACAGGCUGACCCCCAAAAUCUCCUUUCCUUGGAACGAGAUUCGCAAUGUCUCUUACAGUGAUAAGGAGUUUACAAUAAAGCCUCUGGACAAGAAGAUUGACGUCUUCAAAUUCAACUCCUCGAAGCUGCGUGUGAAUAAGCUGAUCCUUCAGCUCUGCAUCGGCAACCACGACCUGUUCAUGAGGAGACGGAAGGCCGAUUCCCUCGAAGUCCAGCAAAUGAAAGCCCAGGCCAGAGAGGAGAAAGCCAGGAAGCAGAUGGAGCGCCAACGUUUAGCCCGAGAGAAACAGAUGAGAGAAGAGGCCGAACGCACAAGGGACGAGUUGGAGAGGAGACUUCUGCAGUUGAAAGAGGAGGCCACAAUGGCGAAUGAAGCUCUGAUGAGAUCGGAAGAAACUGCCGACUUGCUGGCGGAAAAAGCUCAGAUCACCGAAGAGGAAGCCAAGCUCCUGGCUCAGAAGGCAGCCGAGGCCGAGCAGGAGAUGCAACGGAUCAAAGCCACGGCCAUACGGACCGAGGAAGAGAAGCGCCUGAUGGAGCAGAAGGUGUUGGAGGCGGAGAUGCUGGCGCUGAAAAUGGCAGAGGAGUCGGAACGAAGGGCAAAGGAGGCCGAUCAGCUCAAGAACGACCUGCAAGAAUCCCGUGACUCUGAGAGGAGAGCCAAGCAGAAACUUCUGGAGAUCACCAGCAAGUCAUCCUACGCCCAGCCGACGAACGCAAGCACAGCCGCCUUGCCCGCUGACAUGUCAACAUUUGGCAUAAUUAGUGAAAGCCUCUCCUUUGACUUCAAGGAUAAUGACAUGAAGCGGUUGUCCAUGGAGAUCGAGAAGGAGAAAGUCGAAUAUAUGGAGAAGAGCAAACAUCUCCAGGAGCAGCUGAACGAGUUAAAGACCGAGAUCGAAGCUCUGAAACUGAAGGAGAGGGAGACGACCAUGGACAUCCUGCACAGCGAGAACCAUGACCGGGGGAAUAGCAAACACAACACCAUUAAGAAGCUCACCUUACAGAGCACCAAGUCCCGGGUGGCCUUCUUCGAAGAACUUUAGGAGAAGCCCACCCCCCCACAUCCUCUCCCCGUUGCUCCUGGGACAGCCUUUUCCUUUGGGAGGUGCAGCCAUAAACCAAGUUGCAUUGCUUCUUCCGAGCCAAGAAAUCGCAAGAGUGACUUCCCUCGACGGGCGCGGUGACUCGAGGCCUUCGGUCGCCGGAAGAGUUUCGGCGUGAAUCCUUAUAGAUCUUUAUAAUCUCCGUAGAGCCGAUAAUGACCUUUUAGCUUUCUUUCCCCACCUUUUUCUCGCUCUCUCUCUUCCUCUUCCGCGUUUUGUAUGGGUUGAUGCUCCUACUGCAGGAGUCCGGAUUCUGUAUUUUUUUUUUUUUAAUUCCUUCUCUUGGUACCUCUUCCCCCCACCCUCCGGGUCUGCGAACCUGGCUUUCUGUUCGAGACUCAACGUUCCUUUCUCGAAAUCGCCCACAACAGAGUUUGGAGUUUGUGCGCUUUUCCUGGAAAGCGCAGGUCUCUGCUUCCGCGAGCAGAAUUGUAAAGUUCUCGCAGAUUCUUAACGUGAUUCCGGUUUCUUUGAAGGGGUUUUCCUUGAUCCUGGAAGCCAAGCGCAGGAGAUCGGUUUGGGGCAGUUGGUGACAUUCACAUUUUUUUUCCUUACCGGUUCUGUGGGCGUUUAAAAGAAAAAAAAGUCUCUGACAAUCAGGUGGGAUUGUUGGAGCCUUUUAAAAGCAUUUUUUCUACAACUCAAAGAGGUUGUAGAAAAAAUGCUUUUAAAAGGCUCCAACGAUCCCAGCUGAGUUGCCUGAUCAUCAGGUUUGUUUUUUUUUACUUUUAAAAAAAUAAAAAAAAUAAAAAGUACAUCACCUCUGACGAUCACGUGGCUCAGCUGGGCAUGUGGGGGUGGGCAGGGAUUUUUGCUACCGGUUCUCCGAACCACCUGCCACCAUCACUACCGGAUCAGGCAAUCCGGUCCGAACAGGGAGCAUUUCACCCUGUGAAAUGGAGGGAGAAAAGUCUCGUCCUAUAGGGUGGGUGGGUUGAGCGGCCGGAAGGGGUGAGUAGUGACUGGGCGUUCGUGGGCGGGACCAACCACGGAUGGUUUUUACCAGUUCGGCGAACCGAUUCAAAUUGUCCCGACCAGUUUUCCCGAGCCGGUCUGAGCCGGUUGAAUUUCACCCCUGGGUUGGGGAAUUCAGGCUUGGUGUAUCUCCUCCCCCACCCGGCCCCGCCCCCAAAAGAA